AUCGGCUCUUAUUUAAAAAAAAAACAUGCUUUCAAAUUUAAAGAAUGUUGUAGCUCUAAUAACAGGCGGUAGUUCAGGCUUGGGAAAAUCAACUGCAGAGUAUUUAAUAAAACAAGGCUGUAAAGGUGUAGUAAUAUUUGAUUUACCCACAUCUAAAGGAAAACAAGUUGCAAGUGAACUAGGAAAAAAUUGUUUAUUUGCUCCAGGAGAUGUUAGAAAUGUAGAUGAUAUUAAUCAAACUCUUGAUUUAAUUAAAAAGGAGUUUAAUCAAUUAAAUGCAUUAAUUAAUUGUGCUGGAAUUUCAGUUGCAUACAAAACAUAUAAUUUCCAUAAAAAUGUGGCUCAUAGUUUAGAAGAUUUUGAAAAAGUUUUAAUGGUAAAUACCCUCGGAACAUUUAACGUGACUAGGUUAGCUGUAGGGCUAAUGGCUCAAAAUAAAUCUCAGAGUAUUAACUUAUCACACACUAAUAAUGCAUCUAAAGAUUUUCAACCCAUCAAUCCGCAAAUAAUUUAUAAACAAAAUUACAACAAAAAACCUCAGCCCAGUUCUAAUCUUAUGACAAAUAUAAACCGACAUUUUAGUCAACAAAUUUCGGAUAACGGCAUUCAUCACGAAGCUAAAGAGACAAAUACGGAAAAAAUGGAAAAUACUGAUGCCAAAAUAGUAGAAGAAAAGGGCGUAGUUAUAAUGACAUCUGCCUCUGCCGCCCUUGAUUAUAAUGGCCAAAGUGGACAAGUAGCAUUUGCAGCCAGCAAAGCAGCGGUAGCUGGAAUGACCAUACCUUUAGCCAGAGAUUUUAGCGAUAAUGGAAUCAGAGUGUGUACUAUAGCACCAGGUUUAUAUCUUAGUUACCCGUCAAAACUAAAGGCAUCUCGGAGCGUUCUAAGGCAAAGAUGGCAAACCAUAAAUUGA